CUGCCCGGGCGGCGGGGCGGCGGCCCCGAUGCUCGCCCUGCCCCGGGGAGGCGCCUGGCGCGGCCCGCCCGCCUGCCAGGCCUCGGCCCCGCCUGGCCGCGGAGCCCGGCGCUGCGGGGACGUGGGCAGCAGAUGUGAUGGCACCAAGAAGAAAAGAGAAGUACAAGCUUCCGGUUCCACUCCCAGAAGGCAAAGUUCUGGAUGAUAUGGAUGGAAACCAGUGGGCACUGGGCAAGAUGAUCGGCUCUGGAGGGUUUGGAUUGAUAUACUUAGCUUUCCCCACAAAUAAACCAAGUAAAGAUGCGAGACAUGUAAUAAAAGUGGAAUAUCAAGAGAAUGGCCCAUUAUUUUCAGAACUUAAAUUUUAUCAGAGAGCUGCAAAAAGAGAAUAUAUUCAAAAGUGGAUAGAACAGAGAAAACUUGAUUAUUUAGGAGUUCCUCUAUUUUAUGGAUUUGGUCUGACUGAUUUUAAAGGAAGAAGUUACAGGUUCAUGAUAAUGGAAAGAUUGGGAAUAGAUUUACAGAAGCUCUCAGACCAGAAUGGUGUUUUUAAAAAAUCGACUGUCCUGCAACUUGGAAUCAGGGUGCUGGACAUACUGGAAUAUAUACAUGAAAAUGAAUAUGUUCAUGGUGAUAUAAAAGCAGCAAACCUAUUGUUGGGCUACACAAAUCCAAAUCGGGUUUAUCUUGCAGACUAUGGACUUUGCUACAGAUACUGUCCCAAUGGGAACCACAAACAGUAUCAGGAAAAUCCCAAGAAGGGCCAUAAUGGAACAAUAGAGUUUACAAGUUUGGAUGCCCACAAAGGAGUAGCCCCUUCCAGAAGAAGCGAUGUUGAGAUCCUUGGUUACUGCAUGCUGCGCUGGCUAUGUGGGAAGCUUCCUUGGGACACAAACCUGGAGGACCCUGUGGCUGUCCAGACUGCUAAAACCAAUCUGCUGGAUGAACUCCCAGAGUCGGUGCUUACGUGGGCUCCUCCUGGAAGUAGUUGCUGUGAACUUGCCAAGUUCUUGGCAUGUGUCUGUAAUUUAGCUUAUGAUGAAAAGCCAGACUAUCAGAAGCUCAAGAAGAUUUUGAAUCCAGAUGGAGUACCUUUAGGGCCCCUGGAAUUUUCUACUAAAGCACAGAGUGUCCAUGUGCAUACUCCAACCCGCCAAAAAGUGGAUUCUCCAAAGGUUACAGCGAAAGCAGCCAGUGAGUUGCCAGUUAAGUUCACCAAGAAAGUCUGCAGAGGGACAAGUGCAGCAGGGAGGAAGGAGCAUGAAGAGGGCCAGCCCCGAGCAGGGAGGAAGGAGCAUGAAGAGGGCCAGCCCCGAGCAGGGAGGAAGGAGCAUGAAGAGGGCCAGCCCCGAGCUCUGCCCAGCAGAGCAGCAGCACCGGAAAACUCAAGGAGAAGAAAUAUAUAUGAGUAUUCAGAUUUUCGGAGUGAAAUGCACAGUCUUCACCAGACACCCAGCUAUAUGGGUUUCCAAACUUCAUAUUGUAAGCCCUAUCCAGAUUGCACCAGUAGAGAUACAAUCAGGAAGCCAAGGUCUCCAGCUCAGUACAGAUAUACUUCCACCGGUGAUAUGGGUGUCACAGACUUGGAACAUCCUCCAGGACUUUGGCCUGCAGUUUUUCAGUUGACUCUCAGCGACGAGAUGAAGACAGAGGUGUACUACUACGGACUCACUAUAGUUUUCCUGCUGAUAUUAGUUUGUCUCGCUUUGUAUCUUCUCUGAUGUCAAAUAAAUCAGUUGUUUUCUUUAUAACCAA